AUGAGGGAGUACGACCAAGAUGAAUUUUAUAGAUUCUUCCGCAUGACUCCUGACUGCUUCGACUGGCUUCUUGAGAAGGUGGGCCCUUUCAUAAGGAAAAGAUCCAACCGUAAAAGUGUCUCAGCAGGGGAGCGUCUGGCCAUCACACUGAGGUAUUUGGCGUCUGGAGACAGUCAGUCUUCAUUAUCGUACCUGUUCCGCGUCUUCAAUGAAGCUAUCUCCAAAAUCGUGACAGAGACCACAGCCGUCAUCUGGUAUACUUUGAAGCCACUAGUAUUUGAUGAAAUCUCUGAAGACUUUUGGAGGCAAAAGGCUGCUGAAUUUGAAGCAAUGUGGCAGUUUCCUAUGUGUGUUGUUGUGCAAAGUGCUCUUAAUGCUUCUAAAUGA